GAGUUGUUGACUACAUGGAGUCUGGAACUCUGGUUAGAAUUCGACAAUUGUAUUUUUAUCUUCCACUUAGCCUAUCGCAAAGAGACUUGCUCACUUUAUUGCAGGAAUAUGGCAGAAGAAGUUGUGGAGAACCUGACUGUAUAAGGGUGAAUAUUAUCGAAGUGAAGAAUAUCACUGGAAACUCUGACUUAUUGCAGCCUCAACUGUAUUUUUGUAUAGAAGCUUUCCGUACAAAACAAGCAAUGGAAGCUCAUGAACACUUGUCACAUACUAUGGAACUUCGUAGAUUUAUCAAACAGUAUUGUCAGAAACCUGAAACAGAAGACGACAGUGAUGAAAAGGAGACAGUAGAAACUAUUGUUGAUGGAGUUUCCCCUUUUCCAUUUCGUAAUGGUUGGACUUUGAAGAAGAGUUAUGCACCACUUCGAACACCAGAUCCUAAAGACCCUUGGAAACAAAGAAAGAGAGCUUUAGAUUUACUGGCAAAGGAUGUGGGAGUUCAAAACAUUACUAUUCGUGUUACACGAUUGCUACCAGCUAGAGCAAGCAAUAUAGCUACUUUGAAAAGGAAUGUUUUCAAGAUUGCUCGUUCUCAUUGCACUAAAGAUGGAGUAGUUCGCGUCGAUAUUAUAGAGGAAGAAAAAUAUCCAGGCGGCAUCUUUAUAAUAGAGGCUUAUGAAUCAGACGACUUAACAAAAUUGGGUUAUUUGGAGUAUGAGUUUGAGGAAAGUUUGCAAUCUGAAGUUUUUCCAUAUUGUGAUGCUGAUAAGAAAAGUGUGUGGAAAGGAUGUAACGUAUUUCCUGAUUUAGAAGAAUGGAAGCAAACCAUUUCUCCCGAGAAACUUCCAGAGGCAGAGAGUAAGCCUAUGAAUGUAUACCAAAAGAUGUCGUUGAUAUUUGGAAUGGGUGCUUUGGAUAAGGUCUCUACCUAUGCCAAAAGAUGUGGAAGUAGAAUUUUAAUUAUUACAGGCUGGAACCAGGCUAGACUUGAUCCUCUCUUAUGGGAAUUAGAUGCGGAAAUGGUUCAAGGAAAUAUUCAAAUACUACCUCCUAUAUCAAUACCGGGAAUGUUGUCAUCUUCUACAUUUGAAGAGUUGGUUCAAAAUGUGAGGAUUCGAAAACCUGACGUUAUCAUUGGAAUGGGUGGUGGAUCAGCAUUGGAUGCCGCAAAAGCAGUUUCCUUGUUUGCACAUCCUGAUAAUGAAACUAUUCAUUCUUUUCUACAACAACUAAGAAAUGCGGAGAAAAGUGAAUUAUUGACUUUUGAAUUCUUUUGUGAAGGACCAUUACUCCCAUUAAUUUUGGUCCCUUCAAGGCCUACUUUAGGAGCGGAAAUUUCUCAUUCCUCUAUCUUUGGCUUUCCUGGAAUCUUUCAUGCCUGUUUGGUUCAUUUUGUGUCGGAUGAGAAUAAUCUUGUGAAUUCCUCUUCUUCUAGUAAGAAUAAGACUCCAGGUUCGAUACAAAAUAUGAUUUCAUUGGUGGAUGCUCGUUUAUACAUACGAGGACAUCAUGUUGUCAUUCCUACUGCUGCGAUAGCUUCAUUGAUUUUGUGUCUGGAAAGCUUCUUAUGCAAGGAUUCGAAUCCAUUCACCAUUGCGUUGGCCAAAGAAGGAAUUUCCACCGUUGCAAGUUACAUAGAAAAGGCAACAGACGAUUUUAAAAGCACAGUGGUUGCGGAGAAAGUUGCUCUUACUUCCGUUAUUGCAGGUUUAGUGAGAGAAGGAAAGAAUUUUGGAUUAACAGGUGCCAUAGCUUUGGCACUGAGUGGACAGAGUGCUAUUAGUUUUAGAGAUUUGGUGAUCCACAUCGCGAGCAUCACAUUACCCUAUUAUAUUGCUUUCAUAAGGAAAAGAGGGCAAGAUGAAAUACGCCAGCGAUUGAGACAAGCUUCCAAAAUGAUAACAGGGAGUGAAACUGCUACCGAAGAUGACCUCUUAAUUUGGUUCCAUCAAGUUAUUCAAUUGGUCCAUCUGCCUAGUUGGAAAGAUGCAGAACUUUUCAACGUGCCUUGGAAAGAUAUUGCUCGCAUUGUAAUGUCUGAGUUCAAUCGUGUAGAAUUACCGGUGGAAAUGAGUGUCGAGGAUGUAAAUAGCAUACUGGAAGACUUGGCGAAUAAAUAGAAUAAGUGUGGGUAUGAGAAAGAGGGUCU